AUGUCCCAGAACAACCUCCUCCAAGGAUACAACUGGGAGUCCCAGUACGAAGAUCCGCAGGUGCAAUUCUCCCGUUCCAUUCCAGACGAGGUCAUCAGUGUUUACGAAGUUUACGUGAAAGAAGAGACUGGAGACUGCGAUGGGAGGAACGAUGUCACCGUCGUACCUGGUUUGCCGUGUACCAAUGACCAUCAGUUAAUCCAGAAUGAUUGCAUGAAUCUGGAUGUAGCCAUAGACUCCGAGGUGAUCAAUAUCGACGGGAGUGUAACAAAAUUGCUUGGAAAGGACGCUUAUAAAUACAAGCUUUUGGAACAACAUGCCAAUAUGCCCGAAGAUAACGUUAUGGUGUACUCGCAUCCUGUCGCGGAGGCUCCUUCCUCGUCCGCCACUCGUAUGAUCGAUAAAGAUGAUCCAAGAUCGAAGCUCCAUUUUGUCAAGUACCUAAAGCGCGAUGGGAAGACACUGAAAAUAUGGGAGUGCGGAAUUUGUUCGAAGGAGUUCCGGCAUCAGUACACCUUGAUGAGACAUUUGCCAACUCACACCGACGAGAGGAACUUUAAAUGCGAAGCUUGCGGCAAAGCUUUCCGCCAGUUAUCGACACUGAGCCAGCACAAGGCGAUACACAGCGACGCCCGACCGUACGUCUGUGAAUUUUGCAAGAAAACUUUCAACAGAGUGUCUACGUUGAUCUCCCAUCGGAAAACUCACUCGGAACACAAGCCGCACAAGUGCCAGGUUUGCGGGAAGGGAUUCCAUCAAAAAGGCAAUUUGAGGAACCACGUAUUUACUCAUACGAACGAGAGGCCGUACAAAUGCGAGCUCUGCGGCAAAGGCUUCAAUCAAAUGUCGAAUUUGGUCUGCCACAAGGUCAAAGCGCACGCACACGCGGAGAAAAUGCAGUACGUGUGCGGAAUCUGCGGCAAAGAGUUUCCGCGUCGAUUCUCUUUGAGAUCGCACGAGGAGUACAAGCACGGCAUAAAGUAUCGACAUCCGACCGCAUCCCAGCCGGGAGUGAACGAUCCGAACAUCAUAAGAAAUAAAAACGUCAGGAUCGUGCAAUUGCCCAAUGGGGAUCGCAAUCAGACCAUCGAAGUUAGGAACAAGGAUCCACUGAUCGCGCCUGACGUCAUGGAGUCCGUGGUGAUCGACAAGAUCGAUACGAAGGCGAUGGAGAUGGCAGUCCUCGAAGGUCAAACGCCCUUCGCCCUCUUGAAACCAGCCAAAGGAAUUCCUGUCCUCGUCAAAGUCUCCCCAACUGGAACUCACAAAAAUAUUUUGACGCCAGCGACGGCCGAGGAUCUACGAAUGGCGGGGAAGAUGACUCUGAGCCCGACGAUCGCAUCCGAUGCGGACAGAAUCAAGGCUGUACAGAUCAAAGUACCCGUGGUGGCCACUGUGAUCCAGAACGUGGAUCUCGAUGGAAAGAUCAGUUUCAUCGUUGAGCCACCCGGACCUGAAAAUGAACACGAGAGCCUGGUCACGGCAUUGGAUUCUCAGUUCACGUACACCGAGGCCCCGAGAAACGAGCCAGAUCGCCAGAACGGUCUUGUCGUAUCCUCGGCGAUGGAGGAUUGCAACGAGCUGCUGGAAUUGGCCGCCCAGGGUGGAAUACAAUUCGUGCGAGCGACCGAGGAUGGUCGUUACGAGGUGAUGACGAACAGCGAAGCCCGCGACUUGAUGGCGCAGAACUCCCACGACGUGACCAUCCUGGACGGCGAGGAAGCGGACGCAAUCAAUGUGGUGAAUAUGCGCGGCAACGGGGACGUCAUCAUCGGGGAUUCCGAUAAUCAGAUCAUGGUACUCGACUCGGCAUCGACGCAGAAGCCCGUGCCGAUGGACACUAUCGAGAUCCUGGAGGACAAGGACAUCAGAAUUCUUGACAGCAAGGGCCUCGAGGAUCGUUUCGUGGACGGUAUUAGUUUCCUCUCGCAGCCGAAAAUCGAUGAUUUGAUCCUCGGCUCGAAACCUUUGUCCAUCGAUGGCGGCGCGGCUGUCAACGAACACGAAGACGAAGGCAUAGGACUGCCAUCGAACCAACAAGAAUUAACGAGCAUUCUCAGCCAUCGAAGCGACUUUUCUACCCUUUCGAACGCGUCGCAGGCAUCGAUAUCCUCCCUGUUGCUGAAAAGUCAUCCACCGUUGUCGAUGCUGAGCGAAUCGCUUCCGUACCUGAAGAGCAACACGAGCCUGACGGAGGAUUUGAAUAUUCUGGGCAACUCGACCAUGGAAGACCAUCACUCUGUCUACGACUCCAAGAUGAAGUUACCCUCUGUUUUCGACGACAGCGAGUCUGACGCAGGAUUGAUACCCAUCAGCCAGGCGGACAUGAAGCUGUUGGGUUCGAUACAUCAAAAAACCAAGGUCCUGGGCAGUAAAAUGAAUUGUCUAUCAUCGUCGAAGCUGUUCUCCGGCUUGGGCGAAGUGAAAAUCUUGGGCCCCAAGAACCACGCUCAGGAAAUCAUGGCGCCUCAGUAUUCAGACAUCAAAUUACUAAGUUCGUACGAGCAGUUUUUGAAGAACACAGCUUCGAACACGAACGGCUGCGAUACCAACGUCGUGAACACCUUCGGCGGAUGCAGGAAGGAGGUAAAGAUUCUUGGAAAGAAGUUGGGAACGGGCAUUAUCACCAGCACGGAGGAUGGCAACGUCGUGGAGGUCGUCGAAGAGAAAACUAAAUUGAUGAUGGACGCCGCAGGAGGUUUUUGCAACAACGUGGACGACAACACGGUGAUUUCAUCCCCCCGAUUGGAGAGGCAGAUCGCCGAAAAUGGCGUCCCCGACAGUUUCUUUCUCCAAGCUUGCAGUCCGUGCGACUCGGACUUUCUGAAUUUCGAUAACCGUCUGAAAGACACCUCGCCCGGCAGCCAUUACGAGAGAGCCCAAAAGGAUUCCAGGGACAGCUUCUGCUGCACCGGCGGUCUGCCCGAUCUCGAUUGACGAAGAAUCCGAUUCCAUCCCCGAAACCCCCUUCAGUCUUGCCUCGCCGUGAAAGAGUGUCGUGCGACGUUAGGAACUUUGUCGGCGACCGCUGAUAUCUCCCCGUGGCUGCGGAGGAUUUAAUUAGAGCACUUCGGACGUGCGAAUCGCUCGUACGUGGACGAACGCCUUGAUUCGGAUUCCAUCGUAUCGGCCGAUCCGGUUCGACGAUUCGUUGACCGCGUGCGAUUAGUAGAAUUUUGUUUUAUACCCCUUGGACUCGAAUGCUGUUUAUUAGAAUUCUUGUGCUCGACCGUCCCGCGCGCAUCGAUUUUAUCCUGUUAGACGUUAUUCUCGCGCUGAAUCUUUUUUUUUCUCAAUUUCUUUACGCGUCGUUUUACUGUAGCCAAUUUUUUUUUUUCGGCCGAUUCUCGCGCCGAAUCGGGCAGAAAUCGUAGUUUCGACGGCUUGGAAACUUUCGAACGGAACCUUUAUCACAAAUUGCGGAAGACGGUGCUGAGUUCGAAUUUCUUUCUUUCUUUCUU